AUGGGAACAAUCGAGGAAAACGUAUCUGGUCGAUCAAUUGACGCCUCAAAAAAGGAAAUUGAUACCAAGGAAAAUGAUGCAACAAAAACAGGAACAAACGCUAAGCCGAAUAAUAGAUCUAUGAGUAGUCUAAUAAUAUGGAACAUUUCAAAAGCACUUGAAAGAAAACCUUGUAUGGACUUAAAGUCCGGCAUAAGAACAGCACAGGAACGACUACAGCGGGUUUCGUGCGAAGGGAAUACAACCAUAUCGCAAUAUCCAGAAGAAGAGCAUCUGGUGUGUGCUUUGCUUGCCUGGCAACAGCUAGGGCAUACCGAUGCAGAUAGUCUUUAUGAAUUUAUAGCAUCGAAGAAGAUAGGAGAUACUCAAAACAAGAAUUCAGAAAAUAAAAAGCCUCUCAGUACUGUGAUCGUUACGUCGAAUUCCUUUAAUAUACAUUGUAAUGACGCAAAAUCAUUAAAAGACAUUGAUUCUUUAAAAUUCGGAUCAUAUUCAAAUGGUCCGGUUAUCAAGUUGCCUGUGGAAACAAAAAUAAUUAUGAGGAUGGAUCAAUCUUCACGCGAUACUAAAAUAAAAUGUCUUAGAUGUAGAAUGCGUCAAGAAUCACAAGAGUCAAAAUGCUCUUCGAAAACGCAAGGAUCAACAGAUACUACACAAAGAAUAGAUGCAGCAUGUUGCAAGGAAUCUGCGUGUUCUGAAAAACUAGCUAAAAUGGAUGCUGAGACGGCUGAACUUAGAUCGCGCGCAGAGAAACUUGCAAAACGUGAAGCUCAAAGAUCUGAACUUUUAGAACGCGCUGAAGCUGCCUGGAAAGAUCUCGAGCGCGGCUACCAAAGAAGACUUACUCUUGCUCAGGAAAAAGAGGAAGAUCUUACCCGACAAAUAAGAAAAACAAUGGACGAUAGAAACGAAUUUAAGAAUUCUUGUAAUACGCUCGCUCAGGAAUUAAAAGAGAGAGGCGAUGUCGCAGAAGGAGAUCGGACUGUACUAAAAACUGUAGAAGCCGAGGUUUGUCAUUUAGCAUGCCAGCGUCUAAAGCUCAAUGAAGAGAUGACUCGUGUGGAGGCUGCUCUUGCUGAACAACAAUGCAAAACUGUACAACUUCAGAGGGACUUACAGUUUAAAGAAGAACAAGUACGUCGAAAAGUGAUGACGAUGGAAAGUGAGACAGAAUCUGCUCGCGCGCUGACACAUGAAACAGAACGUGCUUUACGCGCAGAACUGAGCGGAUUGCGUGAACAAAUAAAUCAUGUGUCUAAUCAGCUGCUGGAGGAAGAUAAAGUAAACAAGGAACUUAAAAAAGAGCUGGAACAACUUCGCAAGGAAAAGAUGGGUAUGAUUGAAGAUCUGGAUGGUUGUAAAGCGUUAUGUGAUGGUAAAAUAAAAAAACAGAUGGACGAGUUACAGGCAAAGAGGCAACAACUCCAGGCGCUGAAAGAUAAAGAGAUAGAGUGCAGGUGCAGACUACCCGUUGACGCUUCAGUGGAGGUUAAGCGUACGCCUUCUUUAGCAGCCUUGUGUAAAUGCGCUCCAGAAGACAGAAUAUUGGACUCAUGUUCUUGUACAUCAAUGAAAGGAAGACUUCUUUCGAACUUACUAGCAGACUUGUUUGGAGGAUUACAGUCCGAGUUGGGGGGAACAGGGUCACAAAUGCCUUGUCAAUUAUUAAAGUGUCUCGAGGACCAACAUAAUUGGGACCGAGCCAGUGUAACUAAAACCAAUUUACGAAGCUACUUUUCGAAUUUAUUAGUUGGUGAAUUGGACAUUGCAAUUGCAACAUCUAUAGAAAAUUAUCAUGCAAAGUGGGUUGGUACUUCAUGUGCGGAUGAUAAUAUUAGAAUGACCCCUGGACCACAAGAUGAUUUAAAGGAAGGAUGGGAAAAACGAGCCAUUGAGAGACGAGCUCAGAAGCUCGCUGCUCAGCUUGCAGAGGAAUUGUACGAAAAGCGAGCUGACGAACUGGCAAAACGAGCGAAAACAAUAGUCACUUCUGGUCCACCGCCUUGUGAAUGUAGUAAGCGAGGCUCUACGUGUGCUUUUCCUUGCCUGUUGGAACCGGUGACUCCCUUUUCUGCCAAGCUACCGGAGGUCGUACGUAAAGCAUCACAGUCUGAUAAAGCUAUAUCUCCCCCACCUCCCAAGUACUGGAAACGCACCCAUCAGGAUGUUACGCAACUCAGGCUUGAGAUCGAGGAUCUUAAGAAGGAAUCUAUUAAGAGAGAAGAUUUGAUUUUAAUGGAGGAGAAAAUUACCAAAAUAGUCCAAAAAACUGCGGUACCAGAACCUCAGGACGUAGUUACUAAAGAUAAUGCAGACAAGCAAAAUAAAUAUAAAAAAGAAACUAAGUCCACAAAAAAUACAAACGAAGAUUUACUGAACAUCAAUUCCUCCAAUAAGACUGGUAUCACUAAAAAGAAAUCAUUUGAUAUCCAUAACUUGCCUAAAAAAACAUAUUUACAAGAAAAACCUGUAAAACAACCAAAAAAAUUUAAUUACCAUCAAACUUAUGCAGUAAAUAUGUGUUUAUGUGCCACACAAAAACCUUAUAGAAUGGCACAUAACAAGGAAUCAAAUGUAGAUGUAAAGGCGUCUGUGAAGCAUAAGUUAUCGAAUAAAAUUACUGCUCCAGCUGUUAAUGAUAACCAGACAAGGUUUACAGAUAUAAAGCUUCCCUUAGCGGACUGUGACAACACUAACAGCAAGUUUUUGACGGAAUCAUAUUGCGAUAAAAAUUGUCAAUGUUUUCAUAAAAUCCCAUCUAACACUUCAAUAGAUAAAUUGCUUGAAACUUUAACUAAAUGGAAAUCAGAUUUGGGUAAGUCAAGAACAGAAUUAGUUAACAAUGUAACAACUAUAAGUAGGACUUGUCUGAAUAAAAAUUCUAAAAGCAUACUGAAAAAUAAAAAUCCGGUUGAUUCAAACGCAUACAAUUUAAAGGAAAAUAAGAACGAUGAUAGUGAAGGGGGAACUAAUAGAAAAAAAAUUGAGAUUGAAAAACAAAACCAUUCCAUUAACUUCCACGAAGCUGUCAAGACAAUGUCUGAAUAUAUGGCAGAUGUUAAUUUAGAGAAAAGUAAUGACUACACAUGUAAAUAUGUAGACACGACAGAAUCUUGUAAAAGUAUUAAAGAUCUAGAAAAUUGUAUUAUUGACAAAUGCUCAGAUCCUUUUAAUUGCAUAAAUUUGACGGAGCACGAUCCUAUAAUUAAAAAGGUAAAAGAAAAACCUGCUUCUAAAGAUGCUAUAAAGAUUUUAAAUGAACAUUUAUAUGACAAAACGAAUAAUGCAACUAUAAUAAACAUUAUAAAUAAUUCUAAAAGUACCAGAGCUAUUAAUACAGAAGACAACAGGAAAGAAGUUGCAUUAAAAGAUACUGUGAAUAAAACAAAUUUUAUUCAGAACCAGGCUAAAAUAGUUCCAAAUAAUUUGGAUUAUUAUGUUAAGUUUUUAGGGGUAACUCUAGUAGAUACAAUGUCUAAAAAUACUAAGAAUGCUGUUACAAAUAGUCAUGAUAAAUCAUCACUGUGUAAAGAAAUUUAUAACAAUAGCCAUAAGGACGCAUCGCAAUCGGAUCGUCCGAAAUCUGCAACACCGCAAUCUGAAAAAUCAAAGUCUGAAACCUCAAAAUCAAGCAGAGACACAAAUAAAUAUGCUAUGGGAAACAUAGUUACUGAUACCUCUAAGAAGCUGAAAAAAUGCGAAUGUAAGGCCAAAUUUGAUGAAUUAAAAAAAAUUAUAAUCGGCAUUUUUAAUGACCAAAUAAAACGAAAAAACACUAAUCAUCUAGAUAUAGCUCUUGACUCACAGAGUCUUUCAUGCCAAGUUGACACUUUGAGUAGUUGUGUUUGUUGCAAUAAAAAACAAGUUGACUGUACAAAAGAUUUAGAGGUAAACACCUUCGACUUACUAGAAGCUCACCUGAAAGAAAAAAUAAAAGAAUUCAAGAUUAGUUCAUGUCAAUCAUCGUGCAUCUCAGCUGAAGAAGAAGAAAAAAUAUUUCACACGAUAUUAAAAAGAGUAAAACAAGUAAUAUCUGAUUGUGCAAAUGAACUCAGGUAUAAUGAGUCAGGAGGUUUACUAGAUACCAGCAAGGGAAGUUGGCAAAGAGCAUAUGGAUUAUUGCAGGAGUAUCUGAAGAUGAAAAUUAAGCGCGCCCAAUGUUUACCACUUAUAAACGAAGAUAAAGACGUCAUUUUGUCGGAUAUAUUAGAGAAAGUAUGUGGCUUAAUUGAAAGUGAUUUUGAAAAAUUAAAAGACAUGUGUAAAUGUGAGAAAAAUAAUAAGCCGCUUACAAAAAUUACAAAGAUUAAAUCGCUAUCAGAUUCUUAUAAGGAAAUGCCUCAAAAAGUCGUUCCGUUAAAGGAAAAUGAUAUGAAAAUAAUUAAUAACACCAAUAAAACAUUGUCAAAACAAAGUUCCAUAAAACCUACGGUACUUACAAAAAAACUUUCAUCGCAAGUACGUUUUAACGUAGAAAUGGAAAAUAAAUCAUGUGAUGCUCGUUCCGAUUUAGAAAUGGAAACUAAAUCUUGCGAGGCUUUAUUUAAGAAUAUACACACUGUUAAUGUAGUAUCUACACAAAAUGAUACUGAUGCCUUUAAACAAAGUAUUUCAUCUCAAGUACCUAUAGAUUUAGGGAUGUCAACAAAAUCGUGCAAUGUAACGUUUCAAAACAACAGUAAAAUUUCAAAGGAAAAUCUUACUGAAGCUAUUUUUAUUAGUCCACAACGACACGCGUUUUGUCAAUUACAACGUGACUUAGAAAUGGAAACUAAAUCCUGUGACGUUAUGAUCAAGGCGGAUAAGAUUGUUAAAAUAGUGUCGAGGUUAAAUAUACCGGAUACUAUGAACCAAUUACAACAUAUGUCAACCCAAGCACCUCCUAGUUUAGGUAUGCAAAAUAAAUACUGCGAUGUUAUGGUCGACAAACAUGAUAUAACUAUUAUCGAGUCUACAGAAACUCUGCAAAUGGACACACAAUCAUGUGAUACUAGUGAAUUUGAUAGUGAAAGGAUAAAUAAUAACCGAAUGAAUUUUAUUCCAACUGAAAUCUCCAAAGAAAUUAUUUAUAACACUUGUAAUUGUAAUUAUGAUUCUGCCAAAGACCAUAAAGAUUUGAAUACAAAAACAGUACUUUAUAAUCUUCGUGCUGAUUUCCUAAUGAACUGUAAUGUUCAAACAUUGUAUCAACAAAAAGAUAGAGAACUAAUUAAUAUUCUCAGAAAAAUAAAGUCACUACCUAACUUACAAAACACAGAGACUACAAAGCCUGUGUUUAAAUUAAACAGCAUAAAAAAUGAAACAAACAAUCUGAAUCGUUAUCCGAAACAUAUAAAUAGUUCUAAGGCUGGUAAUGUCACACCACAUAAUGGAUCCACUAUAGAUUGUAUAUGUGACAGCAAUUUUAAGUCUUGUACAUGUAUAAAAUCAAGAAUCAUGGAUCGUAAUUAUAAGAAUAGUAAUAAUUGGCAAGAAUUUCUGGCUCAUAGUAAUAAAUGUCCAGAUAAUUUCUCAUAUAUUAUAAACGACAAUCAAAAGGAAACUGAUCAUCAAAUACUACGUGAGACUAUGUGUAAAGUUGAAAAUAUUCUUACACCUAUACAUAGUAAGCAAAUGCUCGAGAAAAUUCAAUAUAGUGCAAAUAUCUGUGAAAACUAUACGAACAUGGUGACUGAUUCAAAUGGUAAAGGUCCUAUGAACUGGCUUAUUUGUCCCCAACCUGCAGAAUCUCAAACAAGAUCAAUUACUGUCAAAUUGUCCAAUUCUUCACUCUAUUAUGAACCUGUUGACGAAUCUAUACCAUCUGAUAAUAGGACUAUUGAAUUAAUACCAAGCCAAAACAUAGCUGCCACUCUAUAUGACCCUAUUAUUGAGGAAAAUCAUUCCCGUAAAAGUGAAACUACUUCAAACACCUCUAAUUAUAUUACAGUACCGGAAAAUAAUUGUAAAUGCAAUAAAGUGCCUUUAUGUCAUGUGAAAAUGUUAGUAGAAAAUAUUGAACGUAAUCUAAUUGAAUCCAAAUGUACAUGUGACACUGUCUUUAAAAUUUGCCCAGUACAUUGUAAAAAAAAUCGUUAA